UACUCUCAGUGUCAUUUAUCUAAGUGCGGGAAUCUCAUCGACAUGGCGGAACCAAGUUCACCAGGACCUUUCUCCGAUGCAACAAGUCAUGAUCGUUCCAUUGGGGCGCCCUCAAGCAGCCCUGGACGAAGUGAUCUUCCACCAUUCCAGGAUGAAUCCGAGAUUCGAGGCGAGGAAGAGAUCGUUCAGGAGGAGGAUGAAGACGGAGAGGAAUUGUUUGGAGAUGGAAUGGAAAGAGACUAUCGUGUCAUUCCGGAGCUGGACACGUAUGACAUCAAUAACCUUGAUCAAGAUGAGUACGAUUCUAUGGCACCAGAAGAGAGAGCCGAGGCUGAAAGACUGAUGAGGAAAAGAGAUCGGGAGGAAGCCAUAGCAACAGGGCGCAUGAGACCUGGACUCUUAUACGAGGAUAGUGAUGAUGAAGAUGAGAGGCCAACGAGGCGGAGACGUCUUGCUGAGAGGGCUGCAGAAGGAGUUGAAGAUGAUGAAGAGAUGAUUGAGAGUAUAGAGAAUCUUGAAGACAUGAAGGGACACACCGUCAGGGAAUGGGUCUCCAUGGCUGGGCCUCGUCUGGAAAUAUACAACCGCUUCAAAAACUUCCUGCGUACUUUUGUCGACGAUAAAGGCCACAACUUAUAUCGAGAGAAGAUUCGACAGAUGUGUGAAGGUAACAAAGAGAGUCUUGUCAUUGACUAUAAUAUUUUGGCGUCUCAAGAGCAAGUUCUCGCUUACUUCCUACCCGAGGCUCCAGCUGAGAUGCUGAAGAUCUUUGACGAGGCAGCCAAGGAGGUCGUCCUGUACAUGUUUCCAAAGUACGAGCAGAUCGCCAAGGAGAUCCACGUCAGGAUUGCUGAGUUGCCUCUGGUAGAAGAGCUACGGUCACUCAGACAACUACAUCUGAACCAGUUGAUCCGAACGAGCGGGGUAGUCACAAGCGCUACUGGUAUCUUGCCUCAGCUCAGCAUGAUCAAGUAUAACUGUCCAAAGUGCGGCUUUGUGUUGGGACCGUUCUAUCAGAAUCAGAACCAAGAGGUGCGACCGGGGUCAUGUCCAGAGUGCCAAUCGGGAGGGCCAUUUGAAAUCAACAUGGAGGAGACUUUGUACAAGAACUACCAGAGAAUUACUAUCCAGGAGAGCCCAGGCAAAGUGUCUGCUGGUCGUCUGCCUAGAUCCAAGGAUGCCAUCUUGUUGUCAGAUUUGGUGGAUAGCUGUAAACCGGGAGAUGAUAUAGAAUUGACUGGCGUUUAUCACAAUAACUACGACGGCUCGUUAAACACAGCCAAUGGUUUCCCAGUGUUUGCUACGGUCAUCCAAGCUAACUACAUCACUAAGAAAGACGACAAGAUGGCGGUCGGGAGCAUGACCGAUGAAGACGUCAAAGCAAUUGUUGCUCUAUCUAAAGAUGAACGCAUCGGAGAAAGGAUAUUUUGUAGUAUUGCACCUUCCAUAUAUGGCCAUGAUGACAUCAAGAGGGGUCUCUCUUUAGCCCUGUUUGGAGGUGAACCCAAAAACCCUGGUCAGAAACACAAGGUCCGUGGUGACAUCAACAUUCUCCUUUGCGGUGAUCCUGGUACAGCCAAGUCACAAUUCUUGAAGUAUGUUGAGAAGACGGCUAGCAGGGCAGUAUUCACCACCGGUCAAGGUGCUUCGGCCGUCGGUCUGACCGCGUAUGUCCAGAGAAAUCCCGUCUCAAGGGAAUGGACGCUAGAAGCUGGGGCCUUGGUCUUGGCUGAUAAGGGAGUUUGUAUCAUCGACGAGUUCGAUAAGAUGAACGACAAUGAUCGAACCAGUAUACAUGAAGCUAUGGAACAACAGAGUAUCUCUAUAUCUAAGGCUGGUAUCGUCACGUCUCUGCAUGCCCGAUGCUGCAUCAUGGCCGCCGCUAACCCUAUUGGAGGACGAUACAAUCAAUCUAUGACAUUCUCAGAAAACGUUGAUCUUACAGAACCUAUUUUGUCCCGUUUUGACAUAUUGUGCGUGGUACGAGACAUUGUGGAUCCAGUUAAGGAUGAGAUGUUAGCAAAGUUUGUGACGGACAGUCAUAUCAGACAUCAUCCAUCAAAUAGCGGAGAGCUGGAAGAGAACCUACCUGAGCUGCCUACAACCUCAGGUUUAGAGAAGAUCCCCCAAGAACUGCUCAAGAAGUACAUCAUUUAUGCCAAGGAGAAGGUUCAUCCCAAGUUACAUCGCAUGGAUCAGGAUAAAGUAGCUAAGAUGUAUUCUGAGCUCAGGAGAGAAUCUAUGGCUACAGGAAGUAUUCCAAUUACUGUCCGACACAUUGAAUCUGUGAUUCGAAUGGCUGAAUCUCAUGCUCGGAUGCAUCUCAGAGAGUAUGUGAAUGAAGAUGACGUAAACAUGGCAAUACGCAUCAUGCUGGAGAGCUUCAUCGAUACGCAGAAGUUUAGCGUCAUGCGAAGUAUGAGAAAGAAUUUCUCAAGAUAUCUAAGCUUCCGUCGAGACAACAACGAGCUUCUCCUGUUCAUCUUGAAGCAACUUGUGACGGAGCAGGCAACGUUUUAUCGGACUCGUUAUGGUGCCGACCAAGAUGUCAUCGAAAUAUCCGACAAAGAUCUAGCUGACAAGGCUCGACAGAUAAACAUACACAACUUGGUUCAAUUCUUUGACUGUGAGAUCUUCAAGGCUCAUAAAUUCACUCACGACAGUCGACGGAAGCUGAUAAUUCAGACCCUCUGAGAGUGAAGGCGUCUUCAUCCAGACAUUGACAAACACGGGACAAGGAGCACUUUAGGUCAGACUGGUGCCUUGCCAAGACACUUUGUAUCUUGUGCAUCUUUUGUCAUUGUGUACAUGUAGUUUGUCCUCGGGAGGUACACAUCGUCGUCUAAAGUGCUGUAAGGUCUUAAACUGCAAUUUCAUACUCGUAACAAUCAAAAGGUUGAUAAAUGAAAAAUGCGAAUCGAGUUUGAAUUUUAACAUUUAGUUAUUUUUGGCACAAUUACUUUGGUGACCACUCUUGAUUAAUAAACUCCAUUAACCAGGAGCUGCAAAAUUUAUGAGAUCCGUAAAAACUGCAUUAAUGACCUUAUAGUUCUGAGCGGACGGCAUGGGAUACCAACGCCACUUUGGGAAUUUCUUCAUUGUUUUGAAUUUUUACCAAAUGUUUGAUAAAUCAUCAAAGUUCAUAUAUUGAAAUAAGAAUUAUGAUAUUUUGUGAUAUAAAUUGAAUGUGUACAGUUUGUAAUGCUUCAUUGUUGUUCGGUCAGUCAGUGCAGAAACAUUGUUUCUUUGAAAAUAAAAUUUUCGCUUAAAAUGAAGGCUUUAUGCUAAAAAUGUUCCAAAUGUAUUCACUUGACUCAGGCACCAAGAUUGAACAUUUGUGCAUGCAGUUUAUCUCUUAAGCACAGCUUAAGCACAUCGCUGAAAUUGGGCCCAGUUAAUUUGAGCAAGAGAGCAUGCAGCCGAUUUCACGAAACGCGAGUUAGGACCAGUAACU